AAGGACAAGGUAAAAUAGAUGCUGCUAACCAAAUUGCACAUUUUAUAUGGAAUAAAGGGGGUAAACAUACCAAACUCGAAAGCUUAAUUGACAAUGAAGAUUUUAGUGAAGAUUGUAUAGAGUGGUUAAGGCAACAAAAACUGGAAGUACGUACGCCUAGUAAUUUGAAAGCAUAUAUUGAGAAUACACUAUUUCCAAAAUUGAUUGGUUAUAUCAAAGAAGACACUAUAUCAGAGAGGAUGUGUAGAAAUUAUAUGUAUUCGUGGGGUUUUAAAUAUGAUGAGAGAAGAAAGGGUAUUUUCUUUGACAGUCAUGAGAGACCAGAUGUGGUGGCAUAUAGGAACAAAUGGUUAAAGAGAAUGUUCAUGUAUAAAAAAAACAUGAAAGAUUUUGUUGGUGAAAAUAUUUUGCACCCAAAACAUCUGGGACGUUCUAUAAUGGUCUCUGCUUUUUUGUGCCCUUGCUAUGAACUAUUAUGCCUAACUGACCAACAGCUAUAUGAAAAUCCAUAUAUUAAAGAUAAAGAAACAUUUGUGAUUCGUUCUGUUCAGGAUGCACUAAUCGCAAAAAGGAUGAACUUGAGUUCUGGAGGGAAACAACCGAUGAUGCGAAAUGGUUGGUUUAUUGAUGAAACCAGAAAAAAAUAUGUGCAACCGAUGGUAUUUCCGAAUGAUUAUCAAAAGGAGGAGUUAAGAGGCAAGCAAAAAGGUUUAAGGCAAGUGCUUAAAGAGCGAAAACUCUGGUCUGCAGAAAAGGUUCUGCUAGUAUGCGAAAAAUGUUCUGGAAAAUGUACUGAUAAUGGCCCAGAAAAGUUGAAUUGCUGUGCACAAAGAAUCAUGUCAUUGCAGCCCAAUUUUCUUGAACAAUGGUCCCUGUUAGAAGAAGCUGUAAUUAAUGCAGAGCACAUUUUUGAACACUAUCCAAAGUUUCAUUGCGAGUGUAACUUUAUCGAACGAUAUUGGGGUUUUAUGAAACAAGAAGCAAGAAGAUUAUGUAAUUAUAAUUAUAAGGAUUUAGUAAAUCUUGUUCCGGAAGUUCUUAAGAGUGUUCCUGUAACCACUAUUCGCAAAUUUUCCUGUAAAUCGUAG